GACCCGUCAUGCCCUUCCGACGCAGCGGGGAGACGUCUAAGGAUGAAACUGCUUUGGAGAGCUAAAAUGAGCUCAAUUCAGGACUGGGGUGAAGAGGUAGAGGAAGGAGCGGUUUACCAUGUCACCUUGAAAAGAGUGCAGAUUCAACAGGCUGCCAAUAAAGGAGUGAGAUGGCUAGGGGUUGAAGGGGACCAACUGCCCCCAGGGCAUACUGUCAGCCAGUACGAGACGUGUAAGAUCCGGACAAUAAAAGCUGGUACCCUAGAGAAGCUGGUGGAGAACUUGCUGACAGCUUUUGGGGACAAUGACUUUACCUAUAUCAGCAUCUUUCUGUCAACUUACAGGGGCUUUGCCUCUACAAAAGAGGUACUGGAACUUCUCCUUAACAGAUAUGGAAACCUGGAAACCUCAAACUGUGAAGAAGAUGGGAGUCAGAACUCUGCUGAGACCAAAACAGUACUCAGGAAUGCAAUAGCCUCCAUCCUAAGGGCAUGGCUAGACCAGUGCUCUGAAGACUUCCAGGAGCCACCCCAUUACCUUUGUUUACGGAAACUGUUGGAUUAUCUGACGCGGAUUAUGCCAGGGUCGGACCCAGAAAGAAGGGCACAACACCUGUUGGAGCAGUUUCAGAAACAAGAACUGGUGAAUGACAUUGGGAUCCUUGAUGCUCUUGCCCUUGAGGAAAAAACGGAGAGCGGUGGAUUGGAAGAGUUCUCUUCUUUCCCAGAGGACCUUGUGGCAGAACAGCUAACCUACAUGGAUGCCAAACUGUUUAAGAGAGUGGUACCUCAUCACUGUUUGGGCUGCAUCUGGUCUCGGAGGGAUAAGAAAGAAAACAAGCACUUAGCCGCCACCAUCAGAGCCACCAUCGCGCAGUUUAAUGCCGUGACCAAGUGUGUCGUCAGAACCAUCCUGACUGGCAAGGAGCUGAAAACACAGCAACGAGCCAAGAUCAUAGAGAAGUGGAUUAACAUUGCACAUGAAUGUAGGAUCCUGAAGAAUUUUUCCUCUUUGAGGGCCGUUGUUUCAGCUCUGCAGUCCAACUCCAUAUAUCGGUUAAAGAAGACCUGGGCGUCCGUCGCAAAGGACAGAAUGUUGAUGUUUGAAGAACUGUCAGAAAUUUUCUCAGACCAUGACAACUAUUUGACAAGCCGGGAGUUGCUAAUGAAGGAAGGAACUUCUAAAUUUGCAAAUCUGGACAGCAGUGUAAAAGAGAACCAGAAGAGAACUCAAAGGCGGCUUCAAUUGCAGAAAGAUAUGGGCGUAAUGCGGGGCACUGUUCCUUACCUUGGUACUUUUCUGACUGACUUGACGAUGCUCGACACAGCCCUGCAGGACUACGUGGAGGGAGGGCUAAUAAACUUUGAGAAGAGAAGGAGGGAGUUUGAAGUAAUCGCUCAGAUUAAGCUCUUGCAAUCCUCCUGUAACAGCUAUUGCAUGGCUUCAGACAGAAAAUUCAUCCAGUGGUUCAGGAGACAGCGGCAAUUAACCGAGGAGGAGAGCUACGCCCUUUCUUGUGAGGUUGAAGCUGCUGUUGACACGACAACUACAUCACCAAAACCUCGGAAGAGCAUGGUGAAGCGGCUGAGCCUGCUAUUUCUGGGAUCUGAUCUACUUGCCAACAGCACCCCUACCAAAGAGCAUCCCAAGUCUACUCCAAGUGGGAGCUCUGGCGAGAGCAUGGAUUCCGUCAGUGUGUCCUCCUGCGAGUCAAACCACUCCGAGUCCGAGGAUGCCUGCAUCACUCCCACGGACACUCCCGAUGACCCUCAGAAGAAGCUCUCAGAGUCAUCCUCCUCCUGUUCCUCCCUCCAUUCCAUGGACACGUCUUCCUCAGGGGUGUCGUCCUUCACCAACCCUCUCUCAUCUCCACCUUCACUGGCCAGCAACCCUCGAAUUCAUCAGCGCUCCAUCUCUGUCACCUCCAUUACCUCAACGGCUUUGCCUCCCGUUUACAACCAACAGAAUGAAGACACCUGCAUCAUCCGCAUCAGCGUCGAAGACAACAAUGGGAACAUGUACAAGAGCAUCAUGUUGACCAGCCAAGACAAGACUCCAGCUGUCAUCCAGAGAGCAAUGUUGAAACACAACCUGGAGUCUGAUCCUGUGGAGGAUUAUGAGCUUGUGCAGGUCAUCUCAGAGGACAAAGAAUUAGUCAUCCCAGAUAGCGCAAACGUCUUUUACGCCAUGAAUAGCCAGGUGAGCUUCAACUUCAUCCUGCGGAAGAAAAACUCUCUUGACGGGGAGGUGAAACUGAGAAGUCGGUCCAGCUUGACUCUUCCCCGGACCUCCAAGAGUGGGUGCUGGAGCAACAGAAACAGCAAAAUCACCCUCUGAGAGUGGGCCAGUGAGGCC